CAAGUAACUUGGCCAGUCGAGACAUCCUUGCUGUCUUCUAUUUCAACUACCCAUACUUGUCACUCAACUUUGUUCUGUGAAGCACACACCAUACUAUUUAGGAACCAUGGACGAACUCACUACCCAGACGAGUCGCAUCACCAUGGACUCUUCACUGUCUAAUGCGCAGAAGAUAACACUACCAUUUGCACCGUCGAUGCUCAACUAUAUCGACAAGAUCUACAGCUCGUUGACUUCGAUGAACCAGCCCAAUUUCUUGACUGAUGUCCAACGUGAACCAAAGGGCCAGGAGUCAACCAACAAAGAGCACCCAGCUCCACUGGCUACCCUAGCUGCGUUCUACGAGUACUUGGCAAGCCCAGAGGCUUCUGCAAUGCGAGCUGCUACUCAGAUGGACCUCUCAGCGCCCAUUACGGAUUAUUUUAUCUCCACUAGUCACAAUACGUACUUGACCGGAAACCAGCUGUACAGUGAAUCUAAAGCAAGUGCUUAUACCAAUGUCCUACUUAGUGGCUGCAGAUCCGUCGAGAUUGACGUUUGGGAUGGAAAAGCGGAGGGUGAAAGCUCCCAAGAAACUGGCGAGAGCAGCGCCACUAGCGGCAGCAACCCGAGCUCCGAUGAUGAGAAGAUCAGCUCCUGUAAACCCCGUCGCGGGUCUAAAAGGGAAAAAUUGAAGAAGAUGACGGAGAACCAUCGUCAUCUGCGUGCCCUCUCCCAAGAGGUUGGCAAAUUGGAAGGCUUCCUCGGACAUCACAAGCCAUCCACGAGUAGCGGAAGCUCUGGUGAAAGCAAGGCGUCUGGUAGCGCGAUUCCGGUUCCUGGUAAACCAGAACCGCGGGUGUUGCAUGGCCAUACGCUUACUAGGGAGACGAGCUUUCGCGAAGUCUGCUAUGCGAUUCGAGACAGCGCAUUUGUUGCAAGCGACCUUCCAGUCAUUGUUAGUCUGGAAGUCCAUACCUGCCUGGAACAGCAGCAGACGAUGGUUGAGAUCAUGGAAGAAGCAUGGAAGGGGAUGUUGGUUGAGGUGACACCUGAACUUGAAGCCGGGACAGUUCCGCCGCCGCCUCUAGCGGACUUGAAGAGAAAGAUCCUGAUCAAGGUGAAGCAUGUCGAAUCCGUCGACGAAGGCGGUGACCGUGAGGCAAAGGAGAAGGCAGUUUAUACCCAGCACAUGGAAGCUUUGAAGCAACAGAAAAAUCCAUCAAAUUCGGUCGAGGCUUCCAAGGGUCCCGAGUCUCCCGAGUCUCCCACUGCAGCUCCGCACAAGCCCUCUAAGAUCUUGCAGGCGCUCAGUAAACUGGCCGUGUUUACGAAGGGGUUCCACUUUAGCAAUUUUGCACAGCCGGAGGCCAAAGUUCCCAGCCAUGUGUUCUCGUUAUCCGAGAAGGCCGUGCGGGAAGCACAUGCCACCGAUGGAGACGCGUUGUUUGAGCACAACCGGCACUUCUUCAUGCGCGUCUACCCCAAUGGCUUGCGAGUCGACUCCUCCAACAUGGACCCGACCUUCUUCUGGCGGCGUGGUGCUCAGAUGGUCGCUUUGAAUUGGCAGAACUUCGACAAAGCAAUGACGCUCAAUGCAGGAAUGUUCGCAGGGGAACAAGGUUGGGUUCUCAAGCCCCCAGGAUAUCGCAGCUCCGAUGCACAGCCCGGAAUUAUUGAGCCUCGUCGACUGGAUCUGACCAUUGAAUUUCUUGCCGGCCAAAACAUCCCACUGCCCCCGGGCCACACCAAUGAAAACAAAUUCUACCCCUUUGUAACUUGUCUUCUGCACGUGGAAACUCCGGAUGACAGUUUCGCAGCAGCAGAUGACGACACCGAAUCCGAAAAGACUGGAUAUAAGCAUUGCACGAAGAGUGUUACAGGAGUGAACCCCGAUUUCGGCGGACAGAAGAUGGAGUUUGCGACCGUGUCGGGCUUCCUCGAUGAAUUGACAUUUGUUCGGUUCAAAAUCAAGGACAACGAAUGGAUGCACAACGCGCUGGCCGCAUGGGCGUGCAUUCGACUAGAUCGACUGCAAGAAGGUUAUCGGAUCAUUCACCUGAAUGACAGUACUGGGGCGCCGACAGAGGGAGCUCUUCUCGUACAUAUCACGAAGACGUACAGCUAAAAGCACCACGUAUGAGUGGUAUAGAGAGAAGACCCCAUCUCGUUCAUAUUCGAGCGUGUUAGCAGUGUUUUACACGACGUAUAGCCAUACUUAGGGGCAGU